UUAGGUCGCAGCCCCCGUGGGGAGUGGAUGCCGUUAGCGGAGGAGGUCGUCCUCCCCCAUCUCCUGGGCUCUUCCCUCCUUCGGGGAUUGUCCGCGGCACCACUUUAUCUUGCCAGGUAUUAUCAUUAUGGAAGAUAAAGAGAUAUCAACAGUGAAUCUCACGGUGACACCUUUGCAGCAAAUGAUGGCCUCAUGUACCGGAGCUAUACUUACAUCACUAAUGGUGACACCUUUGGAUGUUGUUAAAAUUCGUCUUCAAGCUCAGGACCACCAAUAUCCCAAAAGAAGAUGUUUUUUAUAUUGUAAUGGACUGAUGGAUCAUCUGUAUUACUGUGACGAGGGUAGCCACAAAGCAUGGUACAAGAAGCCUGGCCGCUUCAGUGGAACAUUGGAUGCCUUUUUGAAAAUUGUUCGAAAUGAGGGCAUAAAAUCAUUGUGGAGUGGUCUUCCCCCUACACUAGUGAUGGCAGUUCCAGCUACAGUUAUAUACUUUACUUGUUAUGACCAGUUAUCUUCAUUUAUGAAAUCUAAACUAGAAAAUGAUGCCUACAUACCAAUUUUUGCUGGAAUUCUGGCCAGAUUAGGUGCAGUAACUGUAAUAAGUCCCUUAGAGUUGAUUAGAACCAAAAUGCAAUCCAAGGCAUUUUCUUAUAAGGAAUUACAUCUGUUUAUCAGACGGAAAUUGUCACAGGAUGGUUGGAUUUCACUCUGGAGGGGUUGGAGUCCUACUGUUCUUAGAGAUGUGCCUUUCUCAGCAAUGUACUGGUAUAACUUUGAAGUGCUUAAGAAGUGGCUUUGCAAAUGCUCUGAUAAACGUGAGCCAACCUUUGCGAUUAAUUUUACUGCAGGGGCAUUAUCUGGUUCUAUUGCAUCUGUUGCAACUUUACCAUUUGAUGUAGUGAAAACACAAAAACAGACCCAACUUUGGAGAUAUGAAACUUCAAAAGGUUCACAUGUCCUACCUACAACAACAUGGGACAUAAUGAAGUUAAUCGUUGCUAAAAAUGGAAUUUCUGGAUUAUUUGUAGGACUGAUUCCCCGAUUAAUUAAAGUUGCUCCUGCUUGUGCCAUUAUGAUCAGUACAUAUGAAUUUGGGAAGGCUUUUUUCCUUAAACAAAACCUCAAAAAACAGGAAUAAUGUAGUGCCGACUGUUGGGUGUUGAAAUAAUUAUCAUGGCCAUAUUAUUAGCUGGAGAAUUCUCAGAAAUGUGGAAACUUCAGGUCUAUAUUGAAAUAUCUUUUCUUUAUUUUAAAAGAAGCAUUAA